CUAUGGUUAUGCUCCGGGGGUCGCCAUUUUGGUGCGCGCUUUGUUAUGGUUUGUGAGGAGCAGGAAGCGGGCACCGAAGUGAAGGAAUAGCACAGUAAUCAUUUGUAUUAGACGCCGCUCCGUCCUCUGCGCUAGACGCCCAUAAGAAACCUCUGCACAAAGAAUGCAUCUUGUGGAUAUAGAGCUCAGAUUUGUUCUGCUGUGACUACAAUAUUUGAUUCUCUGGAGUUGCACCCAUCCUCUCCAUACCUGUUUACAGCUGCAUUUUUUAAAUAUCACUUUUUGCAACCCUUACCAAUGUUGACGAGGCAUGUAAAAUGCAGCAUUGAAUCUCAGUUCCUCGUUUUGUCUUAAUGCCAUUUUCUUCAUGACAAUGGAUGUUUUUCUUCAUGCCCUCCUGGAUGUGCGAGAUUUAGAUUAGUGGAGACGCCUCAGUACUAUAUUAUAUAUUUAGGCUUUGGUUCAGCUUUACCUUUUAAAAUUAAUGAGGGCACCAAACACAUGCACUGGGGAAUUUGCAUGCCAGACUCAGGCUUCUAGUGGGCUAUUUUCCAAAAGCUCUGAUUGCAAGCUUCUUUAAAUCUGAAUGGACACGGAUAUGAUCCGAACACCAUUCUUCGUUGACUCAAAAAGAACACAAAACUCUAUUUAAUGGGGGAAAUGUGGUAGCUUAUUUUUCAUUAUACAUUUACUCUAUUUUAUCCCCAUGUGAGUUUCUAUUUCACUUUUUUUAUUUGACUAGCAAAAACGGACAUAAUGAGCACUUAAGGAAGGAAGCGCUUGCUAGAUUUUGCUGGCAUGUAGAAAUAGGGUUCUUGCCCUGCUAGGCUUCUUGAGGGGCUGUCCCUUCCCCUCAUUUCCAGCAUUAGAUAACCCAAUUCUAAAAGGAAUCCCCCACGCCAUCCCAAAAAACUGGAAGGAGCUGCUAAGAAUUAAACGUGAAGGCAGGCACUGCCUUGGCCAUGAGGAUUAAUGCCUCGCUUCAUUGACUGGAGACUGAGGACCUAAAUGGCGCAGCAUGACUUUGUUCCUGCUUGGCUUAACUUCUCUACACCACAGACCACCAAGUCACCCGCAGGCGUUGUUGAGAAACAUGGAGAACAUCUUCCAAGGGGUGAGGGUCGUCUGGGUGUGAGUCGCAGGAGACACAACUCUUCUGAUGGGUUCUUCAACAAUGGGCCUCUCCGCACCACUGGAGAUUCCUGGCAUCAGCCUUCCCUUCUGCGUCACGACUCUGUGGACUCCGGGGUCUCUAAAGGCACAAAUCAGAGCACUCAGGCAGGAUGGCAUGGAACGACCCGUGGGCAGGAUGGUGCCAUGCAGAGGGUUGGAGGAAAUGGCAGCAAUGGAGCAGGAAAUGGAGGCCAGCGACAUCGAAACGGCAGCGCCAUAUCUCGUAAAAACCCAGCCCUGCAGGAAAAACUGCCGCCCGAGACCAGAGAGGAAAAGAACGCGGAACGUAAAAAGCUGCAGUUUGAAGAGGAGGAUUUUGUAUGUUGA